AUGACAGCGAUCUAUAUGAAACUUAUUCAGUACGCCAAUGCACGAGUAUUCAUCGAUAAAGUCUACCCAUCAAGUGAAUCGCGGACUCAGAUGCGUGCGAAUGUCGCCAAGGUCGCCUCGAGCAUUCUUAUAGGAUUCCGGUCAAUGCUCGACCAGCUCGACUGGAUGACGGCUGCCUCGAAGAAGGGCGCCUAUAGCAAGAUCGACAACCUCGUGAAAAAUAUCGGCUAUCCAGACUGGAUCACAGACGACACCCAGUUGACCGCCUACCAUCAGAACCUUGGCAUUCAAGUGAACAAGGACGACUACCUUACGAUGUUCACGAAAGCUCAAACCUUCAACAUCUACACAUCGUGGGAUGCUCUCCUCGCUGGAGCGGCCAAUCGAAUCGAUUUCAACGGACCACCAGGAACAACGAAUGCUUGGUAUCAGCCUGAGCUGAAUUCCAUCACUUUUCCUGCAGCCAUCCUUCAUCGGCCAUUCUAUGAUCCUACUUGGCCAACGGCAGUCAAUUUCGGAGGACUCGGAGUAGUUGCUGGUAAGUCUGCUUGUAUAGGUCAUAGCUGA